CGGAUUGGUCGGAAAGUAGGUUAGUGGUGCGACAUUUAGGGAAGGCAGAAAGUAGGUCAGGGACGGAGGUGCCUGUUUACCCGCGCCGGACUCACCGCCGCCGCCGCCGCGGGAUCCGAGUGGGGGCGCGGACGCGGGCGCUCCCGCGAGCCACGGUGACAUCUUUCUGGAAUCAAGCAGUUGGAUAUAUCCUACUAGCCAGGAGUUGAGAGGAGAGGUCCGGGCUUGGAAAGAAAUCUGGGCGUCAUCUUCAGCAUACAAAUGAUACCUGAAUCCCAGACACUAGGUGGUGCUGGCUGGAGUGCACACUUUUGGACCCAAACUUAAGUUUUCAAAUGUGGACUCCUAGAUCUUCACUGGUUUCUAGAAGAUGUUGAGUGCCUGAAAGGAAACGACAAACCAUGAAAACCGCUUUGAGGUGACCCAUCAGUCCAGUGGUCCCUUGCUCCUCCCAAGGUGGAUCUGAGCUUCAAGAACUCUAACUUCAGAUGAAGGAACUUGAGCCCAGAGAGAGGGAGUGACAGCCCCGGUCACGUGGUGUGGACCUGGGACCCCGUCCGUGGGCAGAGCGCGGCCCUCUUCCACUUGGUUUGGAGUCGAAGUCCCUUGCAAGUUCCAGACCUCCGAUGGCUGACCAGAGAAUGGACAUUUCUUCGACAAUCAGUGACUUCAUGUCCCCGGGCCCUACCGACCUACUCUCCAGCCCCCUCGGCUCCAGUGGCAUGGAUUGUAACCGCAAACGGAAAGGCAGCUCUACCGACUACCAAGAGAGCAUGGACACAGACAAAGAUGACCCUCACGGAAGGUUAGAAUACACAGAGCACCAAGGAAGGAUCAAAAAUGCAAGGGAAGCCCACAGUCAGAUCGAAAAGCGGCGUCGGGAUAAAAUGAACAGUUUCAUUGACGAACUGGCUUCUUUGGUGCCCACAUGCAAUGCCAUGUCCAGGAAAUUAGAUAAACUUACUGUGCUGAGGAUGGCCGUUCAGCACAUGAAAACAUUACGAGGUGCCACCAACCCAUAUACAGAAGCAAACUACAAACCAACUUUUCUGUCAGAUGAUGAAUUGAAACACCUCAUUCUCAGGGCAGCAGAUGGAUUUUUGUUUGUCGUAGGAUGUGACCGAGGGAAGAUCCUCUUCGUCUCCGAGUCUGUCUUCAAGAUCCUCAACUACAGCCAGAAUGAUCUGAUCGGUCAGAGUUUGUUUGACUACCUGCACCCUAAAGAUAUCGCCAAAGUGAAGGAGCAGCUCUCGUCCUCAGACACGGCACCCCGGGAGCGGCUCAUAGAUGCAAAAACUGGACUUCCAGUUAAAACAGAUAUAACCCCUGGGCCAUCUCGAUUAUGUUCUGGAGCACGACGUUCUUUCUUCUGUAGGAUGAAGUGUAACAGGCCUUCAGUAAAGGUGGAAGACAAGGAUUUCCCCUCAACCUGCUCAAAGAAGAAAGCAGAUCGAAAGAGCUUCUGCACCAUCCACAGCACAGGGUACCUGAAGAGCUGGCCGCCCACAAAGAUGGGGCUGGACGAGGACGGCGAACCGGACAACGAGGGCUGUAACCUCAGCUGCCUGGUCGCCAUCGGACGCCUGCAUUCGCACGUGGUCCCGCAGCCAGCGAACGGGGAGAUCAGAGUGAAGUCCAUGGAGUACGUGUCCCGGCACGCCAUAGAUGGGAAGUUUGUUUUUGUAGACCAGAGGGCAACAGCUAUUUUGGCAUAUUUACCACAAGAACUUCUAGGCACAUCAUGUUACGAAUAUUUCCACCAAGAUGACAUAGGACACCUCGCAGAAUGUCAUAGGCAAGUUUUACAGACGAGAGAAAAGAUUACGACGAAUUGCUAUAAGUUUAAAAUCAAAGAUGGUUCUUUCAUCACACUGCGGAGUCGAUGGUUCAGUUUCAUGAACCCUUGGACCAAGGAAGUAGAAUACAUUGUCUCAACCAACACUGUUGUUUUAGCCAACGUCCUGGAAGGCGGGGACCCAACCUUCCCGCAGCUCACAGCGUCCCCCCACAGCAUGGACAGCAUGCUGCCCUCUGGAGAAGGUGGCCCAAAGAGGACCCACCCCACUGUUCCAGGGAUUCCAGGGGGAACCAGAGCUGGGGCAGGCAAAAUAGGUCGAAUGAUUGCUGAAGAAAUCAUGGAGAUCCACAGAAUAAGAGGGUCAUCACCUUCCAGUUGUGGCUCCAGCCCAUUAAAUAUCACAAGUACACCUCCCCCUGAUGCCUCUUCUCCAGGAGGCAAGAAGAUUUUAAAUGGAGGGACCCCAGACAUUCCUUCCAGUGGCCUACUACCAGGGCAGGGUCAGGAAAACCCGGGCUAUCCAUAUUCUGAUAGUUCCUCUAUUCUUGGUGAGAACCCUCACAUAGGCAUAGACAUGAUAGAAAACGACCAAGGCUCAAGUAGUCCCAGUAAUGAUGAAGCAGCAAUGGCUGUCAUAAUGAGUCUCUUGGAAGCAGAUGCUGGGCUGGGUGGUCCUGUUGACUUUAGUGACUUGCCGUGGCCACUGUAAACACUACAUGUUGCUUUGGCAACAGCUACAGUAUCAAAGUGCAUUACUGGUGGAGUUUUACAGUCUGUGAAGCUUACUGGAUAAAAAGAGAACAGCUUUUAUGUACUGUCCUCAUAAAAGCCAUCUCAGAGCCAUUGAUACAAGUCAAUCUUACUAGUGUAACUUCAGACAAAGUGGAACUAAGCCUGCUCCAGUGUUUCCUCAUCAUUGAUUAUUGGGCUAGCUGUGGAUAGCUUGCAUUAAUUGUAUAUUUUGGAUUCUGUUUGUGUUGACUUUUUUAAUCAUCGUGCACAGAAGCAUCAUUGGUAGCUUUUAUAUGCAAAUGGUCAUUUCAGAUGUAUGGUGUUUUUACACUACAAAGAAGUCCCCCAUGUGGAUAUUUCUUAUACUAAUUGUAUCAUAAAGCCGUUUAUUCUUCCUUGUAAGAAUCCUUUCCUAUAAAUAUGGGUUAAAGUAUAAUGUAUUAGACAGUUAAAUAUUUUUAAUAAAUGUUUCCCUUGUUCUAUAAAUACUGUUAAAAUCCUAUGUGCUGCAGGGCUGGAUCCGUUUUCUACCAUGGCUGUUUCAGGACAAUCCAUGCCAAUAACAUUUACAGUGCCUUUCUGGCCUUCAAUAACCGUUCCAGGACUUACAUAAUUUCCCUGUUAGUAGCUAGCUGUGCUAUUAAAAAUCGUUAAUCUCCAAAUUAUUGCAACUUUACGUGAACAUAGUGAUGUUACUGCUUAAACACGUAUUUCAAAUUCUAUGAAAUUACAAAUUCAAGAUUAGGUGUAACAUAUGGACUUCUUUCCUACAGCUCCUCUCCGCUCCCAGUAGUGUGGUUCACACAUUAAGUGUGUGACCCAAAGCACCUAAGUACUACCACUUUCUUCUUGAGUUGGGCUACAGAGUAUUUUUGUAAAAAAGCAUUUGCACAAAUAGUUUGCCAAGAAGAACAGUACAGUAUAAUGGACAAAACACUGAACCAGUGUCAGAAAUUGGUUCUGAAACUUAAGGUUAUCCUGUAACCUAGUAAAGUUGUUUCACCCUUUCUUUUUUCAGUCAAACAUUACUGUG